AAUUAAGGAGAUGUUUAGGCAAUCCAAUACUGCAUAUCAGCCGUACACAGAUAUUAUCAACUCAAGAUGGGACAAGCAUUUGAAGAAAGAUCUUCAUGCGGCAGCUUACUUCCUGAAUCCUAAAUUCUUUUUUAAUGAAAAUUAUAAAGAAGCACCUGAUGUUAUGCGAGGUUUGCUUGAUCUUGUUACCUUGUAUUGCAAGUGUAACAAUUUGGAUUCAGUUCAGGCAAUGAAAGAAAUACAUUUAUAUAGAGAUCGGAAGGAAAGUUUUGAUAGACAAGAAGUUAUUCCAGCUGCAUCUGAACUUAAGCCUGAUGAAUGGUGGAGGUUAUUCGGAGGCUCUGCUCCAUGUCUACAAAAGAUAGCUGUUCGCAUUCUUAGCCAAGCAUCUGCUUCUUCUGGGUGUGAGAGAAAUUGGAGCCUUUUUGACCAGAUUCAUACAAAAAGAAGAAAUAGAUUGGAGCAUGAUAGACUGAAUGACAUUGUUUAUGUUACCUAUAAUUUGCGUCUUAAAUCCAGGAAGGAAAAAGAAAAAAGAAAGCAAAAGACACAGCAUGAUCCAAUUGAUUAUGAAAGUAUCAGUUAAGUUGACUUCUGGGUGACUGAAGAGGUUGUAGAGAAAGAGCCUGAUCUUCCUAGUAAUGUGGAUGACUUAUU